AUGUUUAUUUAUUAUUAUUACGCUUGCAAAGUUCAAACUGGAGUAAACCGAGGAUAAUCCGAUGAACGUAACAGGAAAAACGGAAUAUAUUUUAAAAGUUCCAGCAACUCUUUUUAAAGACGAGUACAACUUUACUUUCUGUCCUCGUAAGCUUCGCGAUGACUUCCCCGCUUCUUUUACAUAUUUAAUAAGUUAAUCUGAGAGUAUUAACUGAAGAGCACUAGAGUUAUGAAACUCAUUUAUUAUUUGAAAUAAGAAAUAAAGGAGGGAGAAAGACAACUCGAAUAAUAAAAUUAUUCCAAUUAAUUUACUUUCAUGGGGAGAUAUUAUAAUUUAAGAGCGACGAUUCUGUUAUGACCUUUUUAACUGUUUUAACCGUUUGCACGAAAUGAUAAAUAGAUAUUUUUAUACAUCUGUUUAAAUUGGAAAACACAACAUCGCUUUAUAAGCUUGUAAUUUUAAUUUUAUUUAAAAGGAUACACUUUGGAAAAAUUACAGCAAGCCCUUUUAAGUUCCAGUAGUAAAUUAAUCUCGCAGAGGGCGCACAAAUUAUUAUUGACGAUUAUUUAAUAGUUAAAGGCUAUACUUGCCAUUCGAUAAGCAUGCAUUUCCAUUUCGAGAUUUUGUUAAUUCAUAUAUCGCAGUAAACAGGAAAUCGCAAUCGGCAUAAUAAACAUGUCGUACCGAAUGCAAAUUCUCCUCAACAACACGUUUGCAGCGAGGAAAUAAAUUGCCUCCCGAGUGGCAGAAAAAACCUGCGGCAACUACGCAUCGCUGAAAGCGUUAAUAACUGUGCAUUUUGGAAGUUUGGUUUAUCCCGGACAGCGAUUGGACCAGCAGCAAGCGUUCCGAAAUUAACACGCCGGUAUCGCAGUGCGCAUAAAAAACGCCACGCGGUACUCGUACAUGCAUUAAACAAUUUUCCUUUUUACCAUUGUCCUUGUUUUGCAAUCCCACACACAUCACAUGGGAAUAAAAUGCGAAUUGUAUGCGAAUAUUGGCGUGACUGUAUAAGCAACGCUUGUACGGCCAACAAUGUUGCAGUUAAACUUCACACGCACGAUGUAGUAUAUCGAUACCAUGCUUACAUAUCGUAUAUUUCGUUCAUUUUAAGUUUUAACCUUAAGUUAAAAAAAUUGUGGGAAAAAGUAAAGAUAGUGAUAGAUCACAGCGAAGUUUCUCGGGGGUCGAUAAAAGUAUACCGUCCGGAUGUACUGUCGACAUUGUCACGUUAUUCGAAAAUAGAAGUUUUCUUGUCCACUGUCGAAAUGUACUAUUUAAUAUAAAUCUUUGAUCUAUUUGAUUUAUUAGUUUAUAUUACUUGAUACAAAAAAAUUGACGCUUCCUAUCUUUCUUUUCAUACGAAAGAAAAAGAGGGAUAGAAAGUUUUGAAGCCUUUAUGGCGCUAAAUGGAUCACACUUUGAAUUAGACUACUAGAUAAUUUUCUUUAUUGGAAAGAUGUAUGUAAAAAGAUAUAGAUAUAAAAAGAUAUAAUAAGCUGUCAGGUAUAUGCUUUGUUUGGUGUAACUAUUAGAUAAUUUACAACGUGGAGCUGUAGCAUAUUCCAUCACAAUUUGUUGAAAGUAAUUAAUGUAGUUUGAACAGUACAUGACCACGUUCCUAUUAACACCAUUAUGGGGAAGCUGUGGCGCGCUGUUCAAAUUCACUUCUGUAAUCGAAACAAAGAUGAACCAAAAAAUAAAGAAAAUUUAGAAAGUAUACAUUUUACAAAAGUUGCAUCUAAAACUAAAGAAUCCGCUAAGUCCUAAACAACUGUUUUAACGAAUAAAAUUAUUCAUAAAAUUAUUCAUGUUUUUUUGUUCUGAAUAUACGAAAUGAUAGCAUUUCGUUUGUAGUUUCGUUUGUUGCUUCUAAUUAUAAUAAUUUCGUUUACAGUUACACAGUUAACAAACUAAAGAAAGAGUAGCCUAUUUUACAUGUUUAAACUUUGAACUGAGCAACUACAAACGAAAAUAAAAGCACUAUGUGCACUAGAAUGUGUAAAAUAUGGAAGUUUCAUAAAACUUUGGUUUAAAAUAAAAAAAAGAAUUAAAACUUAAUUGUAAACUUACAUUAUGUUACGUGACAAGAUUAAUAUGUGACAUAUUAAUACGUGACAUAUUAGCAUAGAAAUGGAGCGAAGUUAACUUAUAGGUUAUAUAAAAUUCUGAUUUAAUUUAUUCCAGUAUUUAAUUCUAAUUUAAUUCUCUUAAAUAUAAAUAUCAUAAUGUAUAUGAAACUUUUCCUUACUCUUUUUUAUUAUCUUAUUUUUAUAUUUGUAUCUAUAUUAAUUCUCUCAAAUGUAUUUAUAACAAUUAGUUACUUAUAACGUUACUUAUAACGUUAUUUUCUUUCCCUGCAGAAAAAACUUAAAGGUAUUUUUGUUAUCUGUUUAUGAAUUAUUAAUCAGAUCAUUUAUUCGAAAUAGAAUUUGCUCAAUCUUUUUAUUUUCUCCAAUUAAUUCGAAAUAAAAUAAGUUUAAUAUUUUAGUUCGUGAUUCAUUACAAGUUUCACAUAUUAUACAUAUUACCUUAGUUUUAUAAAUAAAUUUUAUAAAUGAAGAAGCUAUAAAGUAAAAACAUAAGGUUUUCAAGUUCUAAGAGUUCUCAGCUGAUUUUUAAGUCCGGAAUUCAUAAAAUAAGCUCAUAAAAAACUACUAUGGAAUUUAAAAGCUCUAAAUGCUCCGACGCUUCUAAAAGCUAAAAAUGUUUCUUUAAUAAAGAAAAGAUGGACUCCAAAUCGACCAGAGUUCAGAAUUUAAAGAAAACGUGUUUAAUGAAGGACAUCCUAUGGCUCAAGAGAACAUCCUACGUUCGUAUUCAUCGAUUUGUUAGACCAGUGCCUAGAAUACCGUAUUUGUCAAAUUCUAUGACCUCUUAGGGUUUGUUAUCGAAGAUGUCAGAUUAGAACCCCGGCAGCAUGCGAUAGCAUGUGAUAGGGAUGUAGUGGGGAUGUUUCGUGACGUACCGAGCUGUGUAUCGUGUCUGUGAGCACACGGACUCGAUACGUAGCUUGGAGAGCAUUCCCACACAUUCCCACCACAUGCUAUCGCAUGCUACCGGAGUUCAAAUCUUUUGUUUGCUCAACGCUACCAUGCCUUUUAAAAUAAUAGAUAACGCUAUGUUGUCUAGUUCUCACCAGUCUCUCAAGAUGGUAAGUCAUAACUCUUACAACUGUGCUAACAUAGUUACAAAAUUAACGGAUUUUAGUGAUAAUAAAUUAAUUGCAGUUAGUUAUUCACACAGGACUGUAUUUCAGUCAGCGUUCAAGUUUAAUAUACAAUAAAUUACUGAAAGUAGAAUAUAUUUUUCGUUGAGAACGUAGAAAAAUAAGUUUAUCUAAAACUCUCAAGGUUAAAUCGCGGCGAUUGGCAAUAUAAAAUGCUUUAUAUGUUAAUUAAAUACAAUUCUUUUUCUCGAAAAAAUGUUCACAGAUAUCGAAAAUGAGCACUGCUGUGAUAUUCUUAAAGUGUUUACUAUUAAUAGCGAGCCCAAUAUUCAUUACUGCAACAGACUCGUGUGCUAAGAAUGAAACAGAUGAAAAGUGCUUAAGUAAUUAUCGUUUGCCACCCGGCGUACUACCAAUACACUAUGACAUUCGGUUAAAAUUAUAUACGCACGACGACGUGGAGAAAACCACGUUCGGCGGUGAAACUAAUAUUACCAUCAAAAUUCUUUAUGGCACGCAAUACAUAAGUUUGCACUCACUAAAGCUGGAAAUAAACCAACUGAAGACAAAAUUAAUUUAUGAGAACGGUACGAUUUAUACGCCGAUAGAACAUAGACAUCGAGUCCCGCACGUUCUAGUUCUUUAUUUCACUAACACGUUAUUACCUGGGUUCUACACUCUGUGCUUUAAGUAUAUGGGUUACUUCUCUGAGAAAGGACAAGGUUUUCUCAAGAUUCCCGAUAGGAAGAUACAUAACAAAAUGAAAUGGAUGUUCGUAACGCAAUUCGAUAAGAUUGCUGCUCGACAAACAUUUCCGUGUUGGGAUGAGCCAGCAUUAAAGGCCACUUUCAACGUUUCUGUGGAACAUCAUUUACGAUACUUGGCCUUCUCGACUAUGCCAAUACGAGAAGAACGGUAUAAUGACAGGGAUUUAAUGGUGUUGUCCCACUUCAAGAAGACUCCUUUAAUGUCUACUCAUCUCCUUGGGAUUGCAGUGAUCGAAGUGGGUCGUUGUAACAACGAUAGUAUUUUCCACAUAUGGUGCAGACAGAAUGUACCAAUGGACUUCGUACAUAAUCUCACCCAGCAGUAUCGUACGGUCGCCAAUCACUUGAUCCGAUAUACAAAAACUAUCAUGAAACUUCCUAAACUUGAUAUCAUCAUUGUACCAGAUAAUGUGCCGAAUAACUCGAGUAGUUGGGGAAUGCUGCUUUUGAAAGACUCACUGAUUACUAAUGAAAAUAACGAAAUUCAGAAAAUCAAUCUGAUAAGCUUCAUAGCACAUGAAAUGGCAAAGCAAUGGUUCGGUAGUGUGGUUGGUCCGACUUGGUGGUCUGACAUGUGGUUAAGCAAUGGAUUUGCUCUAUACUUCAAACUGUACAUCCUUGACCAGAUGUAUGAAGAAUGGCGAAUGAUGGAUUUUAUAGUGCUCAGCCUACAAAAGUGUUUUCAGUUAGAUGAUACUGUAUCAAGAAAGAAUAUAUUAUUCUACACUAAAAGUACUUAUGAAACAGAUUUUAUUGAAUCUUUGAUUGUUGCAGACAAAACACUUGUCCUGUUGCAUAUGUUGAAAUAUUUGGUUACUGACAAGGUAUUCCAGAAUAGUAUCAUCACCUAUUUAGACAAAUAUCAAUUUGGUUCGGCUACUCCUGAUGAUUUCUGGGACACCAUGCAAACUGUUCUAAACGAAGCAAACAUUAAAUUUAAGCAUUUUGAGAUAAAAGAAGUAAUGCAUAUUUGGCUAAAUCAAACGACAUAUCCUAUGGUACAAGUGAGACGAAAGUAUGAAAUUAGCGAAACGACAAUAUCGCAUUACGAUGGUAAGAUGAGAGCUGAUAACAGGACGCGGUGGAUACCUGUGACUUUCGUUGUAUAUUCGCAUCUCGAUUUUCCCGAGACUAUGCCUGUUCUGUGGCUAAACAUUCACAGGAGUAUAUCAGUCCCAACUGUUCCAACUGAUUGGAUUAUAGUUAAUUUUCAACAAGCUGGAUAUUAUCGUGUUAAUUAUGAUGCUAAAAAUUGGGAAAAAAUCGCGGAUUGCUUAGAUUCUGACGAAUUUACAAAAAUACACGUUAUGAAUCGUGCACAACUCAUUGACGAUGCCUAUUACUUCCUGGUGGAAAAACAUCUUGAUUUCCAUAUAUUUUUACAAAUUACGAGUUAUCUAUCGAAAGAAGUGGAUUAUAUAGCAUGGCUUCCCAUGUUCCGAAUUUUAUCAUACCAGUGGAAAUUCUUUUUACUCCCAUUUGGAGAACCUGCGGUUUUAUAUGCUUUAAGGGUACAAAUAUUAGACAGUUUGAACGGGCUUGUUCGGAAUAUUGGAUACGAAGAUGAUUCUGCCGAUGAUGGUAUUACAAAAUUAAUGAGAGGAACCGCCUUAACAUGGGCCUGUACUUACGGUGAUCUUCUUUGCGAAAAAAGAGCAGUUUAUAAAUUGAGUCAGCGUAUUGACAAUCUCGAGCAAUAUACAUCUAUAUUGCCGUGGGAAACAUGGAUAUAUUGUUAUGGCUUAAAGGGAGCAGACCUUAUAACCUGGACUAAAGUCAUGGACUUAUAUAUAAGAACACAUAAGGAUGUAGUUUUAGAAGUAUUGACUUGCUCUGAAAAUCCGGAAAUCGUCAUCGACUAUUUUAGAAUAUUACAUAUAGGAGUAAACAAGUCAAUAAUGACACAUAAUCAGCAUUCUCACAUUUUUGGUAUACUUAUUGCAAAAUAUGCACAGAAUGAUGAAAUACUUAAUUAUAUAUUACAGAAUUUGGAGAAUGUGAAACCUAGAUCGUAUUCCAGAACUGCAGUAUUAAAAGACAUUAUUUUAAACAUAUAUUCCGAAAAACAACUUAACAAGACGUACGAGUUCUUCAAGCAGAAAGAUGCUGAAAUGUCAAAAUAUUUGACUAAAAUAAUACCUAUGCGUUUAACCCAACUCCAAAAUAUGAUGACCACCUAUCUGCAGCGGUUUAUGUAGUGAAAAAGAAAUAGAUAGAGUUAACUUGUACAAUUAUUCAAGUUAAUAAUGGACUUGAACAAUUUUUAAUAAAAUUUUUAUAUCAUUACUUAUUCAUUAAAUAUAUAUUUUUAACUAUUUCUACUACUGUCUGAUAUUAUUGCUCCAGAAUUAUUACGUAUAAAAAGUAGAGAAACUCGGACAUUCACUGAUAUUAAUUUCACUUACAAAUGUCUUGAAUUCGAGCGAGAGAUAUUUUUUAAAUCAUUUUAUAAAAUUUUCAAGGAUGUGGUUAUGGUAGGAAUUGGCUCUGCCAAUCACCGAGGCUGAUUAAACCUACCAUUUAUCGUUUUACGUCCGACAAUCUGCAAGCGUUUCGUAAUCGUAAAAAAGAAAUUUAUCGAAAACGAGCGGGCGUCUCCAUGGCUUCCUUCGCAAAUGGUGGUGGAUGGAGCGAUUGCUGCGACCACCGUAUAAAUCUAAUGGGCGACCGAAAGGGCGGAGCGAACUUGAUGCAAACUUGAUGGCAGGGGCCGUACCACGUCGCGAGCGCGCUUCAGGAAUACCGUCAGCGAGAAUAACGGAAUAGGGGUAGCAUAGCAUACGGGUAACAUAAUGCAGAUUCCAACGCGCGAUUACAGCGGCGGAGUUCAUUUCGCGUGAACAAAUAUGCGAAACUGCGCGCGCUCUUUGAUCACUCGCACGUUAAUAAUAAUUUUUAAUAGGAAACAGCGACGCAAACAAGCCAAAUAUAUAACGGUUCGACAAAGUUCUCCUUUCUGAAAAAUUCAGUUUUUGGCAUUUAUUACGUAAUCAAUUGAUUAAUUGACUCGAAAUAUCAACAUUGAACGUUUUAAGCGGUUGCACAUAGGAAGGACUUGAAUGAAUAUGUAAUUCGCUCCCCUUAAACAAAGUUUCUCGUAAUUCUCGGCUGAGUGGCUCCAUUCCUCUUUACGUAAGUAAAGCAGAGCAAUGAGAAAAGGCGAAUGAGAAAAGAGCUGCUCGCAUUCGGAUUAAAGUGAGCGGAAAGAAUGUGCUUUUCAGCGCGACGCAGGUGCGUUUGCAUCGUUGCAUCGUGAAUAUAGCUUUGUAUUUUUUUCGUUGUCUUGGCCACCGCUCUUUAAUUCUUGGUACUGAAUCCCUUGUUUUACCGUGUACAAGAAUUUAUCCUUUUUGUUGCUGAAGGAGAAAUGGUGUCGGGUGUUUCCAUCAUAAAUAUUGCGCUUCUUAUCCAAAUUUACCCACACACGUGUGACUAGUCUAUCUAAAGUAGUAUUAUCCAAACUAGUAUUUUAAAGUAAAAAGAAGUGACCGCAAAGUAGCGUAGUGCAUCACAAAGAUAAACUUGUUACGAAGAGAGAUUUGUCACGAUUUAUCUCAAUUCUUGGGUUUUGUAAUUGUAUAUUCCUUUGCGCAAAUUUUUCUGCCUCGCGAGCCUCAGACUUUCUCGAAAUUUUUCAUUUUCGCGAAAUCUCCCGUAACACGAACACCACGGCAGGUACUAAUUUAUGCGCUCGAUAUAUUUGCUUCUCAAGCACGCGAUAUUUCAAGCAUAAAAUAUUAUUGCGCGCCGGUCGACGCGGGACACAACGUUCGCAAAUAAAUCGUAGAAACACAGGAAACAGCGAGCAGGUUUUUCCUCUCGGUUCCUUUCAGGUGCUGGAUGUGAAAAAUCAAUUUACCGCCAUCCCAACAUCCGAAUUAACUUCCGGUCGUUCUCCCAGAACGGAAACUAUUUUAUAUUUGCACAGAAUUCGUUCUCUUCCGUCUGUUACGAUCGUCAAUGUUCAAAAGUUUUUCGGAAACAAGUUUUGCGAAAAACUUUCUCGCUGCUUCUUUCGUUUUUCUUUUUUUGCAUCGAUACUGGGAGCGCCACAUAAGGAUGUUAAAUUCUUAUUGAAAUUUUUUACAUCGAAACCUCUCUAAUGACUCGGAAAAUCAUGAAACAUCUUUUGCAGAUGAGAUAACAUUUUCAAUGGACGAAUAGAAAUGCCGCGGAAGCAUCUGCAAUCGCAAUUACUCGACGACAAAAGUUUGGCGACGGACAAAAUAAAUGUCGCGAUGGCUUGUGCCCCGAUGUAGCUGUGUAUGCAAGCGACUACGAUUAUUAAGAAACUUUGCGAUCCAAAAUAAAAUAUCGUUGUGCCGCACAGCCAAUGAGAGAGCCCGUCGGCGUAAUAUUAAUUAUUCCGCUACUAAUUAAAAAGUUUACGCGCGGUGGGCUUGAAUGGCGACUCUCCCGUAUCAGCGUGCCCCUUCGCGGAAUUAAAUGAAAACGCUCGUGCGGAAAGAAAGGCGCAGUGAUAAUUCCAUUGUAACCGCAAAGGGAUGAAGACCAUUCCUUUGUGCGAUUUACCGCAAAUCCCUCAACAGAGGAAGGAAGAGGAAGAGGAAGAUAGAGAUAGAGAAAGGGUUUCACGCUCGCAAUGAUUCCACGUGUAAUCAUUCUGCUGCGCAUUCUGAAUAAAUACUUCAACGUAUUCUUCCCUUCUUUCUAUUCGACGGAUUUGCGCUGGACGCAUUUCUCCGCACCGCGCAGCGAACAUUUCCGGCGCAGCGAGAUGUACGAGCGCCUACGACGCAACGUUUAUUUUCCACCUAGUUUAAUUGAAAUGCCUGGCGGGGGAGCAACAUUGAUUAGUUCCGGUGCCGUAGGCACGGCGUUGCUCUCAUUGAAAAUGAAGAAAGGCUUCGGGCAGAGUUAUACCCGGGCUGAAGUUUGUUUGCCAGAAUCAGGUAACAAAAUUUACUGGGAUCCCCUUUGUGAGAGUGAGAGAGAAAGAGAGAGAAAGAGGGGUUGUUCUUGCUUCGUUACGUUUAUUGUCCACCCUGAUAAACAUGACUUUAUAACUCGCAGCAAACCACGCCGACGAUGCUCUCGCAACGCGAGCGCGCGCGGAUAACGUUGUUAUUAGUGGCGCAAAAACUUCAGAAAUCGCCCGCGGAACUAUCGAUCAACGGCUAAUCGAAUACCAAUCGAUCGAUCGAAGGGACCUUACGGCCGCGUAAGAUCGGACGAGGAAGCCGCAGAUGCAGGGUUCACCGGGUCCAUCUGCAAUAACGGCAUAGAAAGCGGCCACCGCGAUCUCGCGAUCCAUGUUUGCGGAUUAAAAAUGCAGAAGCGUGGACCCUCGUUGAGAAUUCAGCGAGCGCCGUAGCGGGGAACGGUAUCUAGCCGACAAAUAGUUAUCGAAGUACACACGGAGCAACGUGCAACAACUAAAGCCCAGCUAAUUAAAUCCCGUUUGUACGCGGCGAGCGCGCUGCGAAUGUUUCCCGGCGGCGCGAGUUUGCGACGCGAUUCAAACUCGGUUGCGAUUAUGUUUCUCGCUGUCGUCUCUCGUGUGCAUACGUGCGAAUUUCUGACACGUACACGCUCGCGGCCGCCGCUAUUAUUAUGCCGCGUCCCGGCGUUUCCGACCCGCCAUUGAAUCGGCGUGUGUGUCUCGUCAGAAGUCGCGUCCGCCUGAUCUGAUUCCCGAUGGUAGACACGCUGUCACCGAUGAAAUACGCUCUUUAAAGCGUGCGAGCGCCCACGCAACGGUUCAAUAUUGCCUGACGAACGCACCAGCGGCCCGGCUAUUGCGAUACUCAUGUAUCUUUACUGCAAAUGAGAUCUCCAAGAUGUAAAGUGGCGUGUGUACAUUUGUACGGGCGAACGGCGAGGGAAUACUUGACGCGAGUAUUUCCGCGUCGAUUCACGUUUGAAGCGCGUUCCGCUCUCGUCGGUCUCUCUCUUCCUCUCCCUUUCUAUCUCGCGCAGCUCCGCGCAGUUUCCGCAAAAUUAAGCAACUCGCUGUCGCGUGCUCGAUUACAUUUUUCGUCCGGUAAGAAGGUACCGGUGCGGCGCAAAAAGAACGAAUGCCCGCGGAAACUGCCGUGAGAAAGUGCGACUGGCGGGAUGGCGGCCGAUGGCAUUCUGCCAUCGCAGGAAGAAGUUUGGCCGCCCCAUUGACGUCGGCUCCGCUCCUCCCCGUGGGCUUCUUUUCGUCCUUAAAGCGUUCCCACUCGGUUUCCCGCGCGCAGAUUGGCGGUUGGAAAAACUCGAACCUCUACCAUCCGACUUUACCUCGUUAUAAAAUUCCCUCCUUCCUCCUUAAACCUCCCCCUGAGCAAUGUUCCCCGGGAGGCUUGCUAGAUUCCACCUUUCUCAUCGCUCUCGUACUCCUUUACCUCCCUUAGUACCUUCUUUUCUCUUUCCCUCUUUCUCUCUUCCUUCGUCGUCCGUCUCUGUCGCAUUUUGACAGAUCCGACGGUCUCGAGCAGCCCGCCGGCUGCUUUUCAUUGACCUUCCACCCCCUGCCCUCUGUAAGAUGGAGGGUUGCUCGCGCAAGCGAUUCCAUGAAUCUUCAGCAGCGAAUGAUGAUCGAGCGAGAAUUUUAUUCGAUUCGCGACACAAUAUUUCAUCCGUAGCGGAUAUUAUGAGAAAUCUUUUUCGACUACGUAAUAAAAUAAACCUUAAUCAAAUGUCGUUCACUGUGUCCCUUCCGGAAGAUUUCCGCUCGUUUGAUUUCCGGUGCUAUUCCGGUGUGGUGGUGUUUUAUUUAUAAAAUGAAAACAAAGAGGCAUUUCAACUAACGAACAUUAAUAUCGCUCGGAGAAGCUAUUAAAUGCUCGGAGAAGCUAUUAAAUGCUCGGAGAAUCUAAUUAACUGCGCGCGAUAUAUAAUUAAUGCGAUAUGUAUUCUCAUUAAAUCCAACCGUGCCAGCGAUCCUUUAUACAUCAUUACGUUACAAAUGUAAAUGCCGCAUCAAUUUCAGCGAAAAUUUCUCUCUACUUGGAUUCGUAUAAAUUUAUCGCAGCCCGUCAUUCGACCAGCGCAAUCAUUAUCGCGAUUAAUGGCAGCUCAUAAUCCAUUUGGUUCCAUUUCUCGCGCGUUCCAUGCAAGAUCCGAUGCAAAACACUUGUGACAAAGCUGACGGAACCACAAAGAAUUUCUCGAGCCGCGGGAUACAUGCCUGGCGAUUUGACGGAAAUUAAGUCGAAGCGGCGAGAGGACACUGAUCAGUGGCCGGUAAGUACUUCCGAUGUCUUUGAGACACGUUCUUGUCGAGGCCCUUUGCCAGACAGUUCGUUAAACAGUUCUUGCUUUGACACUCUUUCAGCCAUCGGUGUCUCUAAAUCUCUUGGCGAGGUCGUACACGGAGCAAUCAUGCGCUAUCAGUUCGUAUUCAAGUGGAUCGUGCGGAGAAUCCUUUAUUGCGAUGCUGUAAAGUACGAAGUUUCUUAACGAGUGAAAUGCGAUGACGUUUCUUCGAUUUUACUGGCGUAAAUUCCUGCAUUCGCUGCAGCAAAUCCCCAAAGAUACCCAUUCAUUUUUUUCACACUGACGUGGCUGUCGAAAAUUGUCCAUCACAGUCCAUCAAAUCGCUUUAUCGCAUUACGGUUACGCGUUUGUCUCGGUAAAGUGGCAGUCGAUUGAUUAGCACGAUAAUGUCCGGGAUGAAACGUACGUGUUACUAAUUACUGCCCGAUCAAAAUGCAAUGUUUAAUAACACGACUGUCACCAUGCAAAUGUGUAUUUAAACGCGCAUCGCAUAUAUGAAUCCCGCGUCGCGUAAAUCGCGUAUUUAUCAAUCAAUUUCGACCAUCUCUCGCAUCGACAUUUUUUAUGCAGCUAGACAGAGAGAGAGAGAGAGAGAGAGGGAGAUAGAGAUAGAUAGAUAGAGGGGAGGGGGGAGAGGGACGGGAGCACCGAAUUUCAUCGAGAAACAAUUUGCGCACGUGCGGUGCAUUCCGCGCGCGCGUAACUUCCAGCGGAGUUAGUCGGGGAAUUGUCCGAGUUAAAAAGUAGCUGGGCGACGCGACGUGUCGCGAACUCUCUCUCUCGCGCGCGCGGGCUUCAUUAAAUUGAUAAUGGAUCGCAUUCCGCGCGAGUGGCGCACAAUAGACGUCCCGGACGUUAAACGAUGCGGUAUUAAAACUUGGCCGGGCGACGUCACGGCUGCUCACAUGCACUCACCCUUCGCGCUACCCUACCGCAUCCCGAUGCGUGUUCGUUACGACGCGACGCGCGGAUUAUCACGGGUACGCCGCGCCGCGUCGCGAAAUAUCGCAUCUGACGUUUUAUGAUAUCUCAUUCGACCUGGCCAAGUCGGCUUCGCAGUCGGCUCUAUAUUCGCGGCAUUAUCGCGGCGUUAUAAAACGGACGUGGAGUCAUCCUGAAUAUUUCAAUGGAAUUAAUCCGUCACGUAUGCCAUUUGUGCAUUCGUUCGCUGCAUUACUGUGAUUAAUUACCAGGCGCGGCCAGUAAUGGCCGUAAUAAUCAAAUCGCAACAAUAAUCGUGACUAAUUCACGGCUGCGCGAUAAUACGCGGGAAUCAACGAUCAGCGGCGUUCCGCUGCGAAACGCGACGGAUUCCAGAACAAUUAUCGGCGAUCAUUUAGAAUAUUAUCAGCCGGUGAGGCGCGAAGGUCCUGCGACGCCGAAACUUUUGGCGUCGUCUUCAUUAAGUCGAUAAUAGCACGCGUUCCAUGCGAGUGGCGCAUAAUGUACCGCCCGACUGUGUGCCGCAUUAAAGCCCGGCUGCCGGAAACUGGCCGAAAGAAAGUUUCGUCCGAAGGAAAUCGAGUGGUUCACGACUUUGUCGCGAGUCGCGUACACCGCGGAAGUUUCACGAUAUUUUACCGGCACUUUAAAUUUCGAGGCUCCUUUCUGCCGAGAACGGCGUCCUGGGAGUCAAUAUCAAAAUAGGAACGAGCGCUCGCGCGUAAACGUAAGCAGGAUUAUUCAAUAUCAAAUGUCCCACUUUUAUCGCAACGUUAUUGGUAUCGCGUAACAUAGUAACUGACUUUCAUCUGCAUCCGUUUGCGGUGUGCUUUAUAAUUAUUUACUUUAAUUUAUAACUGUUGACGAUGCAUGAAUUAUAUUAUAAACCACGCUGUAUGAGCAUAUUACGGUCUGGUGAGAUAAUUCAUUAAUUUGAUUAUUGAGCAGAUUGGCCCGAUGUUCUGAGGGCGCACGUGAAAAACGUAUUUUCUUUUUACUACUAAAAUUGUGAGAAAAGCGUUAAGGGAUGCGACGGCCAAUGAAGGCCUGCGGUAAACAAUCGAGCCGAGCGAACGAUCGCAAUAUACGGACAAACCUCGUAUAAGUGCCUCGGAAAGAAGGGUGGGCGCGCGGACGUCGAGCUCGUAUAAAGUUUCAUUUCCAGAAAUUCAAUAAUCGCUUACGUCGCAAUAACUCGGGAGCCGAUUCGAUUUUGCGCUGCCUCGUCGUCGUCGUCGUUUCUGCGGAAUCUCGCGAAUCACGUCGAAAUCUCGGGAUCAUAGAGGGGAAACAUAAUACCAGAAACAAAUAACGAUAAUGCGGCGGUUUCGUAGGAUCAGCGAUGAGGUCGUAUCGUCAAGAACGAAUUCGAGAAGAAAUGCGAUAGAGUUGUUGCGCCGAGCCAAGUGCACCGGAAUCAACCAGAGACUAAAAUAAUCUUGCGCUCGUGUCGAAACAGCAAUCUUUUUACUCUGAACAUUAAACGUCCUUUUUAAUAACAAACUCUCAAAAUUGGCUUCUUCGUAUAUUUCUCGAUCUAUUUUUCCUUGAUUUUUGAUAUCAUUAUCAGUUGGGGGUUGAUAACCCGAGAUAACAGUUCGCCAUGUCUACGUUAUGCAAUUUGCAUAAUGUACAAGUGGUUAGGAUCCGUCGCGUGCAGGUGUACGGGCACAAAUGAACGGUGAGGCGUUCCACGUGAGGUAGCUGCAAGGGGGAUGAGAGUGAGGAGGAGAAAAGGGAACGGCGUGUUCUCGUCCCGCCGGGGUGUUACUAGCAACGCAGAUCGACUCCGUGGAAUGUAAAUUGAGAUCUAUCUUGCCCAGGAGGAGGCUAAUUAACCGGGAAUCAAAUGUCGGGCUCCGUCUCUCCCGGCGAUAACUGCAGCAAGCUUCAAAGCAGAUUCUCGGCCGGGUCCUAAUUGCAUGGAAAAGGACGAAGGAGAAGAUUGUUAGGACCUGCAGGUUUCAACCAAGAAGAACCAGAUCGAACUGCCGUUGAAUGGUUAUCGGAGCGAAUACUUUGAUCAAUGAGUUUCGCAUCAAUAAAGUAAUUAGAAUGUUAUACGCUCGAGGCUCGAUCAUUCGCGCUUGGACGAGUUUCAAAGAAACGAAAUUUCUCCGGGAGCGAAACACCUGCUCGGGCAUCAAUCUUACGCAGCGGGAAACUUUAACGGCGCUGAAUGGCACCAGUCGAGCCUUUCUGUCUGGCGAAUUUAACGAGUGCAGCAACUCGGUAAAUUGUUUACUCGAAAUUAAACGCCUUGAUAUUUGCAGUUAUUUAUUAAUUACGUGUACCUUUUUCACCGACACGCAUAUUCUCGUGUUUUAUUUCUCGCGCUCGUACCGAGAUUAUUUGCGAUAACACGUUGCGGCUACACUUGGCCGUUGCGGCUCUUGAUGUUUAUGGAGUAUUUUGUGGCUCGAGUGGUUGUAAUAUUUAUGGUUACGUUUAGCAACGUAACUUGUGGAACACGUUAGUUAAAUCUUCCGGAAAAACAUUUUUGCCGAAUGCGUUUCGAGGAUGCUGCACCAGAAAUAUCAGGACGAGUAUACAAGGCAGCGAUUAAGAUUUGUGAGCGCAAACAACCUGUCGUCCACGUAUAUACACAGCGACAACAGCGUGGUCUUUAAAUCAGAGAGACAAUUGCUCUCACCGCGAGCACUCUCGUUCGAGGGAUAAAUCUUGCUUGCGCCGAUCGCGCGUUUCAAAGAGGCGCAAAUAAUCAAGAUACAGAAAAUUUUUGCACGGAGAUAAAAUUCAUCAAAGUUCAUUAUUUCUGCAUCGGCACAACACUCGCAACAAAUACACAACGUUCCGCAACGAUUUCUGAAAUUAACAUGUACUUUCGCCGGAGGUGCGGAACGCUUUUUUACGGCACGUUCAUUCCGAACGAGCGAACGUGGAGUGAAUCCCUCGGGGACGGUUACGGGGACGAAAAUAUUCGCGCGAAACCGAUAAAAGUUUUCACCGAGAGAGAAACAGAGAGAGAGAGAGAGAGAAAAACACGGAUUGAAACCAGAAAACAGCUGCGGCUCAUCCGGUCGUUAUCAGUAAAUCGUAUUCAUAUACCUUCGGUUACGCAUUUCGGCAUCACGUUUAGCUUUCAACCCCUUGCGCGGGCUUUCGACCGCAACCCGUUCGGCUAAUUUUGCAUCGAAAUUACUAUGAAACGAUACUGGGUGGCGCAUGUAGGAAAAUUACGUUUGCGAUUACAGCGUAAUGCGAAACUUGAUGGUUUAAUGGUGACGUCCGUACCGCUAGUGAGACAUUAGUUGGUCUCAUCCGAUUUCAUUGAUCAGCAAAUCAAAGUGAGAGGUAGUUUGGAUCGUUUAAAAUUUAACAUGAUAUUAAUAACUAGCAUCCCCCGUCCCGGCUUCGCCCGCGAUAUUUAUGUGUAGAAUUAAA